UUCGCGUAAAGGUGUUUUUUUUUCUUUAUACAUGUACCAGAGGAGAACAUCCAACGGAAAAAGAGGAGGGAGAAAGAGAGAGAGAGAGCAAAAUUGUUAAAUCGCGUAAGGUGAACGCGAUUUUCGCACGUUCCUCCUAAACUUCCGGUAACCAGAAAAAACUGCGAAGAAGAGAGAUAGAAAGAGGCACGAAUAGAAGGUAAACGGAACGGAUAGAGUAUCCUGUUCGGAGGGUGGGGGGAAAGAUCUCGAUUGGCAAAGUUAUAUCCUGAAAAAGCCGGUCGAGGAGAAUCUCGGGGAUUUCGCCGGGAUUUGUGGUAAAAACGUUCAAGACGCGAAACGUCACGAACGUAAGAGAAAGAGAACGAGCGAGAGACUGAGAAAAAGGAAGAGAGAGGGAAAAGAGAGAUUGUCGCGCACCACCAGGUACUACGUUAUAUAUCCAGUGUAAAAUAGUCUCGUGCCCCCUCUCAGAUAGUUAAUUGUGUCGCGAGAAACGUGCCCGUGCAUAAGUGUAUGUUUGUGCCGGGAAAAAUAAUUGAGUACACUAUCGUAUUCCAUCAGAAAACUAUUACAGUGUAAAAGGAAAAAAAACGAAGGUAUAUUGAUAGUUUUCUAGCGUGAGUGUGAAAGAGAAGAAAGGGAUUUGCGAAAAACGUCUAGAAAUAAAGAAAAAUAUUAAGACGUCACGCACGGAGAAGGGCAAAUAAAAAAGGGGUGAUAAUUGUGUUGAUAUAUCUUCCUUUCCCUGCCCUUCCCGAACGCCCUCUCGGUGCGUCAAUAAACCGAGGAAAUAAAAGUAAACUGUUUUUUCCGUUUUAUAUUUUGUAAAAAAAAUAAGCUGUAAACCAUUUGUACCUUUUAUCAAUCAACUGUAUAGUUUUGUAUAGUAGAUUUUACUCCUUUUCCCCCUCUCCCCUCCCCGCCCUUCCGUCCUGCGCGAUCUCACGCGCGCGCCGUGACACCCCAAUAGAGCACUCACUCGAUCGUUUGUAACGUUGGUGCGACGGUGGUGUUUUUUGUUUUUUCUUUACCCCGCUCCUGCCUUCGUCGCGCUGUCUUUUCGUACCCUCCUCCCUCGCCCCUCUUGUCUUUUUUCGGGUUGGCAGACGUGACCGCGCCGAGCGCCGAGUGCAGCAGGAAAAAUACACGUACAUUUGCACGCACGCACACCCACACGAGUCCGUGAUUCGGUCGCGCGCGGUUGAGGGAUUCGGGAAUUCGUGUUGUGGCUAAAGAAAAUAAAGAACGUGGUUCCACGAGACUUACGGAUCAAAUAAUACAAGAACUUACGUUGUUUUUUUUCGUUCAUCUUUAACAAAUGGAUGGGAACUAAGGUUAUUGUGAAUAGUUGUUAAGUUUAAAAUUAAGGGUGGAAUAUAUGAAGUGGGCGUCCCCGGAGUCGGCGGGGCAUUAGACGGCCGCAGAAAUUGGGCGAAUAGCAAGUAAGUACCAAACGUCGUCGUCUUGCGGUAAAGCGACGUCGCCGUCUCUUCGUAGCAGCAGCAAUAGCAGCACCAGUGAUACCCCUUACCACCACGGUAUUUCGAACACAACCGACGCAUCGAUGUAUAAUCAGCACCGCAACGUACGCAGGCAUAGAAAUAGAAAAGACAACAGUUUAUCUGACAAAACCGAUGUUAAAAACGAAAUUUUUUUUUUUGACGGUGUCUCACAAGAAACGCAACCACAACAACAACAACAACAACAACAACAGCAGCAGCAGCAGCAGCAAAACGAACAAUCACAAAAAAACGAAAGUGCGGUGGAUACGUGCCAGAAAAUUGUGAAUCGUGAAAAUAACGAAGCUUCCGAUAACGAGACUGUAACCAAUAAAGAAAUCGUUAACGAUAUAACCUCGUCGGUGCUUGUCGUCCGCGAGGCACAGGGAGCCGACAAAACGACCGUCAACAUCGGUGUCGCGAUGAACCACGUCAACGAUCACGAUAACCUAAAGCAUCUCAACCUCACCCUCGUACAUGUCGAUGAAUUUGAGGACAUGGAUACUCAAGAAGAAACUCCAAACGAAGGUGGCGGAGACGGAACUGAACAGCGUCCUAUAAACGGCGAGCCGGAAUUUGAACUCGCAGAUACCGCGUGCCUUGGCCAAGAUCAAGACAUGGAAGAAGACGAGGCAAGAUCAGAAGCGACUUUUCGCUACACAGUGGAAAAUCUAUCGAAACUGAAGGAUUCGCAACUAUCGCCGCCGUGUUACGUACGUAAUCUACCAUGGAAAAUUAUGGUAAUGCCACGCUCCAGUCAAAGCCAGGAAAGACAACCCCAGCGAUCAUUAGGAUUUUUCCUACAAUGCAACGGAGAGAGCGAAUCUACUUCAUGGAGCUGUUACGCCGUUGCUGAGUUACGACUUCUCUCGUGCAAAGAGGGACAGGAUAAUUUCAGUAGAAAAAUACAGCAUCUUUUCUACAACAAAGAAAAUGAUUGGGGCUUCAGUCACUUUAUGCUCUGGCAAGAUGUCUUGGAUCCGGACAAGGGAUACAUCAAAGAUGACUCGAUAACUCUCGAGGUUCACGUUGUUGCCGACGCUCCUCAUGGCGUUAGCUGGGACAGCAAAAAACACACUGGCUAUGUUGGCCUCAAAAAUCAAGGUGCAACUUGUUACAUGAACUCACUGUUGCAGACUCUUUAUUUCACGAACCAGUUGCGUAAAGCCGUUUACAAAAUGCCAACGGAGAGCGACGACUCGAGCAAGAGCGUCGCCCUCGCGCUCCAGAGGGUCUUUCACGAGUUGCAAUUCUGUGACAAGCCCGUCGGCACGAAAAAACUCACGAAGAGUUUCGGCUGGGAAACUCUUGAUUCUUUUAUGCAGCAUGACGUUCAAGAAUUUUUGCGUGUCCUUCUCGACAAACUCGAGAGCAAGAUGAAAGGCACGUGCGUCGAGGGUACCGUGCCUAAAUUGUUCGAAGGCAAAAUGGCAUCUUUUAUCAAAUGCAAAAAUAUCGAUUACACUUCGAACAGAGUCGAGACCUUCUACGAUAUUCAACUCAAUAUCAAGGGCAAAAAGAACAUCUACGAGUCAUUUCGAGAUUACGUCAGCACAGAAAUAUUGGACGGUGACAACAAGUACGACGCCGGUGAACAUGGCCUGCAAGAGGCCGAAAAGGGUGUAAUUUUCCAAGCUUUUCCGCCAGUUUUGCAUCUUCAUCUGAUGCGAUUUCAGUACGAUCCCGUUACGGAUUGUUCCGUCAAAUUCAACGACAGAUUCGAGUUCCAUGAAAAAAUAAGUCUUGGGCCUUAUCUGCAAGCAGAGGAGGCUACGAACGCGGAUUACACUCUGCACGCGGUUCUUGUGCACAGCGGUGACAAUCACGGCGGUCAUUACGUCGUUUUCAUCAACCCCGCAGGCGAUGGAAAGUGGUGCAAAUUCGAUGAUGACGUCGUGUCCCGGUGCACGAAACAGGAAGCGAUUGAGCACAAUUACGGUGGACAGGACGAGGACAUGUCAAUGGCGGUGAAACACUGCACGAACGCUUACAUGUUGGUCUACAUAAGAAAUUCGGAACUCGAGAACGUGCUACAAGAGGUCAAAGAAGAGGACAUACCUCAAGAGCUGGUGGAGAGGCUACAAGAGGAGAAGAGGCUGGAACAAAUACGAAGAAAGGAGAGAACCGAGGCAUACUUGUAUAUGACCGUCAACGUUCUUCUCGAGGAUAGUUUUGACGGUCACCAAGGCAACGAUCUCUACGAUCCGGAACGUGCUCUCUAUCGUGUAUUUCGCGUUCGAAAACAGGCUACCCUGCACGAAUUUCUCGAAUUGCUACGCGACAGUCUGAAAUAUCCUAUCGAACAGAUUCGAGUUUGGCCGUUCAGCGUGCGAUCGAAUCAAACCUGCAGGCCUGCCUUGAUCGAACCGGACGCUGACCUGAUCAGAACGAUGAGCGCGUGCGCCGAAAACGCGAACCCGUGGAACGUUUUUGUCGAACUUGUGCCACCGGAUUCGGGGCUCACGGCGUUGCCUCCUUUCGACAAAGACACCGAUGUCUUACUAUUCUUCAAGCUUUAUGAUCCUAAAAAUAAAAAGAUUCACUACUCAGGACAUCACUAUAUGCCGGUUACGGCUAAAGUUCAGGAACUCAUACCGAUUCUGAACGAGCGGGCUGGUUUUCCACCCGACACCGAGCUCGCUCUUUACGAGGAAAUAAAGCCGAACAUGGUUGAAAAAAUUGAAAAUUUGACCGAACCACUUGAGAAGGUACUCGAGGAAUUGAUGGACGGUGACAUAAUAGUUUUUCAGAAAGAAGAACGCGAUAACGACAUGUACGAGCUCCCAACGUGUCGAGAUUAUUUCAAAGACCUAUUCUACAGAGUAGAAGUUACAUUUUGCGAUAAAAAUAUUCCUAACGACCCGGGCUUCACAAUGGAUCUUUCGCUCCGAAUGACUUACGACCAAAUGGCAAAAGCGGUCGCGCAAAGGGUCGGAACUGACCCUUAUCUCAUACAAUUUUUCAAAGUUGUCAAUUACAAAGAUUCGCCGGGUCAUCCCCUGAGGUACACGUACGAGGGAACCUUGAAGGAUUUGGUGGCGUAUUGCAAGCCGAAAAUGAAAAAAAUGUUUUACCAGCAACUCAGUAUUCGCGUAAACGAGCUCGAGAACAAAAAGCAAUUUAAAUGCAUUUGGGUGGGUCCGUCGCUCAAGGAGGAAAAGGAAAUAAUACUUUAUCCUAAUAAAAAUGGAACGGUCGCGACGCUGCUCGAGGAGGCGAAGAAACAGGUCGAAUUUUCGGAGAACGGCUCCGGUAAAUUGAGAAUAUUGGAGGUGAGCUCAAACAAAUUGGGACCCGGGCCAAAGGAAGACACGCCAUUGGAUAAUUUGAGCCCCUUGAGCACGAGGUCAUACAGGAUAGAAGAAAUACCGAAAGACGAACUCAAUCUCGCUGACGACGAGAUGUUGGUGCCGGUCGCUCACUUUCACAAAGACAUUUAUUCGACUUUCGGUAUUCCCUUCCUCUUUAAGAUCAAACACAAUGAGUCUUUCACAAAAGUCAAAGAUCGACUACUGAAGAAACUAGGUGUACAGGAAAAAGAAUUCGCAAAGUUCGCGGUGGUGACAAUGGGAAAGCCGCAAUUCAUUAAUGACGAAGCGGAUUACUUCAUAAAUCUCGCCGAUUUCCGAACCAGCUCGACCCAAAGUACCGCGUUGCCGAGGCCCUGGUUGGGUUUGGAUCACGUCAACAAAGCGCCGAAGCGUCCGAGAAUCAACUACCUCGAAAAGGCCAUUAAGAUAUACAACUAAAAGAGAAAGAAAAAGAAAACUAGAGAAAAAGAAAAUCCAAAAAAAAACAGAAAGGUAAACGUUUUUUUCGUAAUUGUUUUUCGAACCGGACGAAGGGAAAGGAAUCGCGAAUGAGGCAGCAAAAAUAUUAAAAAGAAGUUCCAAGAAGUUCCUCUCUCUCCUUGCUCCGUCACUCUUGAUAUAUGUCUAGUAGAGCUCGGGCCAAUUUAAUCUCCCGGUCCCUUGACCCUUGAUAACAAAGAAAUGACAAAAAGGAACGAAAACAUUACGAAAUUCCUUUCGAGCCCUUCUUUCUCCUAUAAUACGUGCUCACUCUAGUAGCGAGUCUAUUCCGUUUGCACGGGGCGGAAUUGUCGAGCGAGGACGAUUAAAAUAUGGUACACAAUCAUGUCUCUUUUGUUAGUUUUUCGUUCAUUUUGCAAAAAAAAAAAAAAAAAAAGAAUCGCAUAAAAUAUUGAAAGAAUAAAAAAAGGUUUUUAAAAUCGCUGAGGUAACUAAGAAUUCAGAAAUCAAGAGGAGAAGUUGAAAAUACACACAGACACAUACACACACGUACACAAACACACAAAUUGUUUAAGUUAUAAUUGUAUGAUAUUAACAAUAAAAUAGAUAACAUUCAGCGAUUCGCUGUGGCAACGUUUUCGAGUGAACGCGUUUAUAAAUACGGCCAUUUUAAAAUUUGACACGAAUGCCGUCAGCGUUCCUUGUCAACGCCAAACAACCAAGCCCAUUGUAAUAAUUGCAUAUUACAUUAAUAAUUGUAACGACGUUUUUUGUAUCUCUCGAACGAGUUUAUCACUCGUUCCCUCGCUUUCGCUUCGCUCCUUCAAAUUUUCUUUCGAUUAUUUUUCACUUGUAAAUUCAACGAGUAAUGUAACGACGAUAAACACACACACACAUACAAUAUGAGAGAAAUGAUGAAAAAAUAUACACGAUAAAUACGUGGAAGGAAGGAAAUUUUCGUGACAAAUUUUGUGCUUGCGAGUCGUAGGGAAAAACGUUCGAAUUAAUUCACUUUAAAUAAUUCGUGGCAUGCCCACGAAGAUCGUGCGGUGUAAUAAACAAAGAAGAAAUCGUUGGAAAAGAAAAAACUCCAUGAAUGAGGUCGCCGAAUUAUUCUCUGUCGUCAAAAAUCUCGAUACGAUCACACUCAUUUUAAAAAUUGUUGUUAAACGUCUUUUCAGUUUCGAUAAUGCGUUUUAAAGAAAUUUUCUUUCAUUGCGCGUUACGCAUUUAAGAGAAUAUAAAACGCAAUUUCGUGCUCCGUCCAAGCAAUUGAGGCGAAAAAUAUGCUGGCUCUCGGUCGUUCACUUUUUCGUUAUUUUUAUAGCCAUCCUCCGAACUGUCUUUGUUGUCGACGAUUCUAACUGAAAAGGAAAAAAUCCACAAUUCGCUGCUUUCGAAAAUAUAUCUUAUAACUAGACGAGAAAAAACUUUUUGUUCAUAAGCGCGUCCUUGGACGAAGGCAUCGAUUGUGCUAGAAAUAAAUAUUUAUUUUGGAAAAACAA